CGUGAAUUAAAAUUUUAUUUUUUAGUAGCAACAAAUUCCAUUUACUUCAUUUUCAGUGCAUACUUUUAAAAAUAGUCUACGUUUAAUCGAUUACCGCCUUUUCGUUUCCCAAGCCGCCAUUUCUUCGGCACGUUUUUUUUAGUCAAAUUUCGCAAAAUCGUCAAAUUUCGCUUACUUGGCAGAUAUUGCAGUGCACCUGAAACUUAUUCACAAUGGGUUUGCCAAGAUGUUUCUUCGAUAUGACAGCCGACGGUGAGUCAGUUGGCCGCAUCGUCAUCGAGCUGAGAAACGACGUGGUUCCCAAGACGGCCGAAAACUUCCGUGCCCUUUGCACAGGAGAGAAAGGUUUCGGCUACAAGGGCAGUUCCUUCCACCGUGUCAUUCCCAACUUCAUGUGUCAGGGUGGUGACUUCACCAAGCACAAUGGCACUGGAGGAAGAUCCAUCUACGGCGAAAAGUUCGAAGACGAGAACUUCGAACUGAAGCACACCGGACCUGGAAUCAUGUCCAUGGCCAACGCUGGACCAAACACAAACGGCUCGCAGUUCUUCAUCACCACUGUUAAGACCUCGUGGCUCGACAACAAGCACGUCGUUUUCGGCGCCGUCGUUGACGGCAUGGACGUAGUGAAAAAACUCGAGAGCUUUGGAACCCCCAACGGAAAGACAACCAGGAAAGUCGUCGUCGCCGACUGUGGCCAGCUUUAAAUUGACCCUAGCGAGGCCAAGGUGAAGGAAAUGACUUUGAUUUAAUCAUCGAAGAAAACUAAGCAAACAAUGAUCACAGAAAAACAAAGCAUUUAACGUCUCAUUCCUCUUUUUCUAUAGAAUAUGAAAUAUGAAUUUAUUGAAGUCGUGAAUGGAAAAAGAAUUGAAAAGUACAGGGUAAGUUAAGAUACUCGAGACCUGUGAUGAGACUUCAUUUUCAAUCAAUAAUCGCCUAUAAUUAAGUGCAAGUCGAAAUUCUUGGAAUGUAUUAUUCCAAUUCAAAAUACAUUUAUCCCUAUAGAAUGUUUUAAACACGAUAUCUUCUUAGGUAAUACCGAUGAACCAUCACUGCACAAGUAUUUCCGUUUUUUGAUGUGAGAACUUUUUCCAUUCAUCGUCUCGUUUAUAAAACAUUUUUUUUUUCAUUCGAAAUUAUCAGGGCAUUGAACUAAAAUUGUGGUUCAUAGCAGUAAUUUCGGAAAUUGAAUUGAGGAACAUUUGCUUGUAAGUCAAUGUGUUAUAAACUGCAGUACAUCAAUCAUCACAGAUGUUUCUAUGCUAGAGAAUCUUGUAAAAUAAAAACAUAAUAGUGGCUUCAUUGUUGAUUGUACUUAUUGGUGUAAUAACAUGUUUUAAGACUGUGACGUAAUAAUCUGUCAAUUCAUUAUUGAUAAACAUUUGUAAUUAUAUAUUACGAUUACGGUAAUAGGAAUUGGCGUUCUUUGCCCUGAAAGCAAACCUUUUUUGGUAUGUUUUGUACAUUCAAAUAAUUAUUGGAAUUCCACAAUAUUACUUUAAAUACAUGAAUUUAAGU